AUGUCAUCCUUGCCUCUCACCCAAUCUCCGAAGUUGCCGGCCAGUCGAAACCGCAACUCUUUCCUUUCGAAAUUCCGCUCUCCCCUCGGCGGUCGCAACCGCAGCAUCACCGAUUUCUACAUCGACCCGGACGACCCAUGGCGCUCAUACUUCCCGGGCGAUGUGAUCAAGGGCACAGUGGUGGUGACGGUGGUGCGACCGGUUCGCAUCACACACAUUGUGAUAUGCCUACAUGGGUAUGUCAAGGUAUUUAAGAAUGCGAUCCCCGCGGGUGAAGCGCCCCCUGAUCUAGGGUUUCUCGGCCCUGGACGCGGGCGACGCGGACCCGAGUAUAUGGGUAACGGUCUGUCUACCUUGUUCGAAGAUGAGAUCGUUCUCUGUGGCGACGGACGUCUCAAGGAGGGUAUCUACAAAUUUCGCUUCGAGAUGGGACUCCCUCCCUAUGCUCUACCCAGCAGUCUCAAUGUAUGUCCCGGAUUUCUCCUCUGCACCACCACCCUCUCCAAUUGUUGCGCAACUGGAAUCUUACUGACUGCCAUUCGUUCGUACCCGAAGUUCGAACGGGGGACCAUCGGAUAUGCGUUGACUUCAACUCUCACUCGACCCACGACCAUGAAUCCUAUCAUGACCUGCAGGAGACGGGUCAACUUUCUCGAAAAUAUCGACAUUGCUCCUUUUCCCGCGCCCAAAGCGCGCAUCGUCACACUAGAGCCUAUCUCGAAGCGAACCAAAUCCAAGUCACAAGCCAAAUCAAUCAAUUCAGACGCGACCGCCGCCCCCGAUUCCUGCUCAAUAGACGUUCCCAUCAACGGCGCGGCUGGUUCGGUUGAUUUACGACCACCCCUCAGUCCCUCUCCCAGCAAUGUCAGCUCGUCCAGUCGCCCGAGCGAGAGCAGUCAGAGUUUCCAGAUCGUGAUUGACCCAGGCUCCGCUGCGAGCACGGGGGGCCGCAACAGCGAGGGUCGCAGUGCGACUCCUUCAAUGUCGGACAAGACCAUCAUUGCCAAGGCCGAAGUCUUGCGCGCGGGCGUGCUUCCAGGCGAUACAUUGCCCAUCAAGGUGACCAUCAACCAUUGGAAACAAAUAUGCACCCUGCAAUUCCGAUCGGAUCUACGGCGAACGGGAAAAAAACCGGUUUUUGAAGACUGUUAUCCCCGCUCACGGACGGGACUCGGAGGGCUGACCCUCGGCACCAGUCGGACGAGCAGCACGUUUCGCAAAGAUAUGUCGCAGACAUUCGCGCCGUUGAUCGUAGAUCCCACUAAUAUGACUGCCAAUGUGAAAACUUCCAUCCGUGUUCCGGAAGACGCAUUCCCGACGAUCACACGUGUGCCUGGUGCCAUGAUCAACUUUCGAUACUAUGUUGAAGUCGUGAUUGAUCUGCGGGGCAAGAUCACAUCUCCCGAUCGAUUCCUCCCUCGAUUCAACAUGGUCUCCGGGGGCAGCACAUUUUCCCCGAGUGGCCAAGUCCUGAACCCCGGGGAUGCGAAUGGGAAUCGUGUCACGACAAACUGGAGUGGCAAUAUCUUGGACACGGACCAAAUUCGUCGGGAAAAAGGGGUAGUAUCCAUGGCCUUUGAAGUCGUCGUGGGUACGCGAGACAGUCAGCGCCGUCCAAACGCUGAACGAAAAUCAUCCGUGGCGGCGGAAUCGACGUGGUCUCAUCAGACUCCCCAUCGUUCAUCGAUCGUGGGCAACUCUGGCGAGAGAGAAGACUGGCCAGAAGCCAGCCCAAUGCCGACCGCCCCUACCGACUACGGCGCUCCUGAGCACUACGACUACGAUUUCGCCUACGACGGCCCAUGGUCUGAGUAUCCCGAAGAGUCGUCGCAAGCCUUCCAGCCCGAAGGCUGUAUGACACCACUUCCGGAAACGUUGGAGCCCGCGGAUGAGAAAGCGCGAUUACGCCGCCACGAGGACGCUCUGCUCCCGAGUCAGCCUCCCGAGGAAGAAGAGGCCGGACCGUCCCAUGUGAACGGGGCUGAGCCAACGGCACCUGUACUCCCGGACGAUGACCAUUAUCCGCAAGCCUACGAGCAUCUUCCGCCACCGAUGAGUAACGGGGGUCCGCAUCCACUUCGGUCCGCUGAGUCCUUACAGACUGUUGUGCUCCCGAAUGGUGAUGGAGUGGGACCAAGCGAACCCACUGUGAUGGCUGAUGACAAACUUGAGCUCGAGAGACAGCGGCUUCUGCAGCACACCAGUGCCCCAAGCGCACCUCCGGCGGCCAGCAGUAGUUCUGAAGCUGGCGAGGCGUCCACUGCCCCAACGGCACCCGACUUUGAUGAAGAUGACCAAUUGGUAGGCGGGACCGCCCACGCAGACGAGUCUCUUCCUCGAUAUCAGCGAUAA